AUGCCGCCUGUCACCAAUGGUCAGUUCUCCUUCAACGUCGACACAUUCUAUGUCGCCACGUCUGGAGGACAGAUCCACCGCCGUGCAGCGCCGGCUGAGAUAAAAGCCCUUUACGAUACAUCGACUACAGACAAAAGCACACCCGACCACCCAGGUCAUUGGUAUGAAGCACAGCUCCUUCACUAUGGUCUCCCACCAUCAAAGGUCAAGGCGACUGCCAAGAUGAGACUCUUGAAAGCUGUGCAAAACGGCGGCCUGAGUGUUCCCGAGGAAAGCCUACAAAUCGAAAAGAAUCUGAAAAAGGAAUGGAAGAAACAGGAUUCAAAUGACCAAGCACAGGUCAAUACCAAGAUCACGACGACGAAGACUGUUACCACCAAGACUAUUACAGUUUCCAAGACUACUGCGUCCAAGACCCCUGAGAGCAAGACUACUGCAUCUAAAGGUGUGAAUAAACCUACAUUGCCCAAGGCUGCUGCCAAAACCUCAGCUGUUAAAUCCGCGGCUACCAAAACUGCUACGCCCAAGGUCGCUCUUACCAAGAAAGAUACCGCACCCAAGACCGUUGCCCCCAAACCCACUGCAGCUAAAUCUACAGCGGCCAAACUUGCCACGAUUAAAGCUGCUCUUGAAGCUGCAAAACCUGCUUCGAUCAAGGCUGCUGCUAAAUCCGCUGGUGGGAAGUCCGCGGCUGCUAAGCCUACAACGCCUAAGGCUGCCCCAGGCAAGAGAAAGAGGGCCUCGGACGACGAGACACCUGAUCAACCGCAGAUCGCCAAACGUCGCGUGAAUAGCAAAAAGGCACAAGACAACGCGAAUGCGUCCAAAAACAGGCACUACAAAUCGAGCGGGUGGUCUGAGCAGCCUGAGCACCUCGAUGCACCUCCCUCGUACGAAUCCGCCUGCAGAACGGGCGGAGGAGAUUCUUUUGAUUCCCUUUUCGAUGUGAGCGAGGAUUUUGGCCAUCAUAGGGAGCCCGACACGAACGCAGAUCCACCAUCUCCGCCCCGAGCCCUGAAGAAAACCCUGGGCAUGCUCAACGGGACGUACAAAGACUCACGUUAUCUCUCCGCCUCAAUGGAACGGAGAUAUGGGGGGGCAUAUGAAUUCGGAGCGUUUGAGGGUGUAUUGUGGAUGCCAGAACGACCUAUGAAGUCUUCGUUUGACAGAGUCCCGUUUAAAUGGCGUGGGCGGGAGACCGGUGAGGGUGAAAUGAGCUAUGAAGACGACCAAGAGGGUUGGAUUGAGUUCCUGGGCGAUGGUGAUAUUGUUGGGAUGAUCAGCUGCUAUGGAGAUCUCCAUUUUCGAGGCCAACGGAUCGAUAGCUCUGUCCGAACAGCAAGUGAUCUGCGUAGCGAAUGGGAUGGCUACAAUGACGAAGCUUGGGCAGAGGAGAACAGGCGCCGAUGGGGUGGGUGGUAA